AUGGCGACCUGGACUCCCAAGAUUAUGUCACCCGACAAGCUAUCUGCUAAGGAAUUCAAGCAUUUGCUUUCGGAAUACGAACCUCUCAUCGAAUCCAUUUCGUCCACCAAAGGCGCCAAGCCUGGCCAAAAGACACUGAAAGAACUGGACCAUUUCCGAUAUGUCGAGGCCCCGACACAGUUUUCUGAGUAUGAGCCGAAGCGGGGGAUGGACCAUGACGACGUCAGACUCCUAGUGGAAUGGAAGCUCCGUCAUGGGACAUUCCGUCCAACGCUGAUGAAGUUGGUGUCGUCCAACGAUUCUUCGACUGUUGCGAAGACUAUCCAGGACGCCAUUGCGAGCUAUCAAAGUACUUCGGACCUUUCAGCGGCUUUGGGCAUUUUGACCAAGUUGAAGGGUAUCGGUCCCGCGACAGCUUCGCUCCUUCUUGCAGUACACUUUUCUGAGAAAGUCAUGUUCUUCUCCGACGAGGGGUACUACUGGCUGUGCAACAAAAACCAGAAAAUGUCACUAAAAUACAACACGAAGGAGUAUGAGUCUCUCAACAUCCAAGUAGAAAAGCUCACAAAGAGACUCGAGGUGUCCGCCCUAGACGUAGAGAAAGUGGCCUACGUCAUCUUCCACCAGGAAAGAGUUGACCCCAAGCUGGCGCUCAAACGCAGCCUGUCAAAGGCUGCGAAGACGGCCGCUCCGCAGACAAAAGCGGCAGCAGCUGCGGAAAAAAGAAAGAAGAGCCCCGAAGAUGUAGUCGAGGACAAGAUGCCAGUCAGAAGAUCGAAACGUGGGAAGGCUGCGUAA